UUUCUUCCAGUGCGUUUCUAUUUCCUUUCCGAUUCGAUGCCGCGCGACGAGUGCGGAAGCGUCCACGAGGAGAAGAAACGAGACGAAGAAGAGAAGAAACGAACCACAAGCACGCUCCCACGACGUCCACGUGCUUCAGCUGAUCGAACUGAACUGAAGCCGGCCCUGCGUAUAGCGCUCUACCAACGUAUACCGCACUGCCCCCUGCUAUCGCAGACUAUACUCUUGCUCCUCUACCGUACCGCGUCGCCGUCGUUGUCGUCGUCGUCAUCGUCGUCGACACACUCGUCACCGUCGUCGUUGCAGUCGCGAAUUCCCCCCAUCAGAUGGCCGGUGCGCCAUCUGGUAGGGGAAGCGGACGCGCGAGAUACGCAUGGGACUCGGGCAGAAGUUGCGACGCGUUGGCAAGACGAGGGGGUGGUGAGGAGGAAAGGUAUCGAUAUCAGAAGAAAAACUCAAAGUUGAUGACUCCGGGUAAGAUGCAACACUCGAAAAGACUGCAGCUUCUUUCUCCCUUCUCUCCGCUCGUCGACUUUUCACUUUGUUGUCGCGCUCUUUUGAUUCUCUACAGCAUAGGCCGCACGACUAUAAUUAGCUCCCCUUUUUUAUUACGCUUUAUAAGCGCGCUUGCUCGAAAUUAACACGACUAGUGGCGACACUACGAAUUUUCGGACCCCGGCCAAAAUAAGGGAAACUCCUCGCUUCCUGGUCUGGUGUUUAUUAGCAAAAAUCGUUGACAAAUCAAGAAUACACAUUGCACAAUAUGGAAAUUGCACAAGUAUUACACACGUAUAAUAUGAAAAACUUAAGACUUCUGGCUCCUCGCAUUAUCUAUCUCUUUUUAACCCUUUAUAGGGCACUGAUAUAUAAGUCGUACCAGCAGCACAAAAUUGGCCGAGAGAAUCGGGAGUGGUUCACAAACCACUCAACAAAUCGAUUAAACAAAUCGAUUGCAAGUGUUACUUUAUGGAUAUAUAUUUUUAUUUUAAUGUAUUUCGCAAGAAUUUAUAACAUGCAUUUUCUCGUUUCUGACAUCAUUAAAAAGAGAUAAAUAACGUGAGAGCCAGGAGCCUUAAACAGAGUCGAGAAAAAAAUUUAAGGCUGGGUGUGUAACAACGUUGAAGCAGAGUUAAAAAGAACUAAAACGAACUAAAAAGAACUAAAAAGAACUAAAAAGAACUAAGCAGAGCUAAAUUUGAGAUUGAAAUAUAUGUACUAAGCGACGUAUCGAAAAUAUUACAAGCCUGACCAAUAGUUUUCUUAGAAAUUAUCACUGAUUAACUAUUAGUGAUUAAUUAGUGAUAUGAAACAAAUUAUGAACAAAGAUUUUUUGUGAUAUGUAACGUGUAUUAGGUUUUCUGUAUAAUAUACGGAACAUACUGGUCACUCUGUAUAUGAAUAAAUAAUCCCUCGCCCUUCUCGAUGCGUCACGGGAUCCUAAACACCCUCGAGAAUUACGUCACUGGCGAAAACGGAGAGGUGAGACGCGAGAAUCGUGUUCGCGUAUACAUUUAUAUUUUUAAUACGUUCCACCGGUUCUCGAGAAAUAGUUCUGGAAAACAUUGAACUUUUAAAGGGCCACGCGUGGAAGGACUAUUCUUCUAAUUCGUCUAAUUCUAGUUUAAAUAUCAAAAGUCUCGUACCAGAUAUAAUU